AUGCACAAGACAUUUUUAAAGGCUGUAAUUAAAUUUUUUAAGCGUGAGAGGGUGUCAUACAAAAUUCUAUUCAAUAUUAAAAAAAGUACAAUUUUUAAAUUUAUAACAAUUAAGCACAUUUUAAGAAUAAAAAAUACAUCUAAAAAAGAGAAAGCAUAUAAAAAAUAA